GUUAUACCAACUCGCACCUGUGGUUCAAGGUACCUCGGGCACACGACCAAUCGUCUGUCUAAUAAGGGAGCGGAACACUGUCCUGCUUCUCUACAACGUGGCACGGUUAAGAAUGUUCCCAGCGCUAUCUGAUUACUACUGGGCAUCAAAUUCGGAUAGAAGACGGAUUCAAGGUGGUCCAUACUGUUUCGAGACGCGUUCCCAAAGAACUCAGGAAACGCCUGCUGGCCACUGCCGAAACAAUGGCCGUUAGGCUAUUAAAACCUGAGUUAUGCAAGCGAAGGACGCUAAUACAAGCUAUCAGUUUGCCCUAGCCGUGACCAAUAUUCUGUCCGUAUCUGACAGAACUCCUGGUCCAACUGUGCGUUUUGUUCCUCAUCGGUCACUGUAUUCUUGUUUUCGCUGUUUGUAUGCGCGAGAUGCAGUGCCGUAAGUUCUACCACAUGACUUCAUUGACACAACUAUCGAUUGGCUUCACCUGACCCUAUUUAAAUUGCCAUCUAACCACUAUUACUCGAGUUCCAGUUAACAUCCCCGUUUGCUUAAUCUUCUUCAUAAAUGUAGAUGCGUGAUGCAAAUUAUCGAAAAGAGCUAUCUCUUCGCAAGUUUCCUUCUUAAACCUCGGAAUUGUAAAUAGGACGCUUGUUUACUGAGCCGCUGCGCUUUAUUUCUCUUGACGCGGCUGACAGACCCAGGCUGACAGUAUGGUGACAGAAGAGAGGAAGAACCCGUUGUCCAAGACGCAGUUUGCAUUUGGUGGGCAGUCGGUGAUUCCGUUUCCCACUCCCUUGCAGAUGACAGUUCACUAGCAGACAGCUGGAGAAUUCGGAAGACCAAGUGGGUGGAUUUCGCAGCACUGACCCAGUUGGACGCCCAGCAGAUGACCUACCAGCUCGCAAUGUUUAGGCACGCUGUUGAUGACAUGCCAGAAGGGUACUGUAAACGCUGGAGCUUGGCGAUGUCGGUCAGGAGACCGACCUGUCUGACGCGUUGAAAAGAUUUAGUAAAUUCUGCGAAGGUCGCGCGAAUGAGACAUACCAGGGGUAUAUGUUUUUUUACUGCAACCGUUUACCGGGUGAAUCUUUCGAGAGUUACAUCAUAGGACUGAGGCUUUUGGCACUUACCUGUAAUUUCUCUGAUUGCAUCAUGGUGUCCAUGAUAUGUGACCGCAUCGUUAUCGGGAUAAAGAAUGACGGACUCACACGCCGCUUUCUGCGACAGAGACAUUUAUCCUUGGAACAAUGCGUGGACAUCUGACUCAGUGUAGCCAGGACAGACCAACAAUUCGAACGAUCGCGGGCCGAGACAAACACGGAUUUGUGCACCGUAUCCCGAGCCAUUGAACGUAUGCACCCGGCAUCUAAUGAGCAGGAACCACAUUGUCAGUUUUGCGGCCGCAGGCACUAAAAGUGUAAAGAGACUUGCCCAGCGUGGGGUCGAAGUUGCAUGAAGUGCUCUAGGAGAAGUCAUUUCACUUGUUGCUUCAGAUCUUACAAGACCCACUCCGUUCGUUCCGUACUUUUGCAUCUCCCUGAAAUCACACGUGCCCACCGAGAGGCGUUGAACGAAACGCUGGAGUCCGCGGCGGCUGAUGUUCUUGCUGAUGCGGAUGAAGUGCACCGCCGCCAGCUUAUAGCGGAGGAUUUGAUGACCGCUUUGAGAGCUCGUAUACCAAAUUUGACAAUAUCUGGUAUUGGAAGUACUUGGGACGGGCUGACUUUACCUGACAGUUCCGUUGAAAUUAAUGUGGAUCGUGCUGACACUGCUCCCGAAUCAUCUAUGUCUGAUGUUCUCACGGAAGGCCAAAAGUUACGCACCAUGGCUUCUCCGUUUGACUCAUUCGCUCACACCCCUGGACUUGGAUACCUUUUGGCCGAAGUGUUCGACUUCCUCAGCUCUUCUGCAGCCGACUCCACCAUUCAAGCUGAUCAUACUGAGAACAACAUGCCCCUAUGCGAAAGUCCUCCCGAUCCUCUCGAUGCGCCUUCUUUGCAGGGUGAUUCAAACUCUCGCGACUCUUCCUCUCAUCGAUUGCUGUCCGAAAUACACUCGGUCACACACACGAACGCCGAAUCGUUCUGUAUCACUUUUUCGGAUUCGCAGAAGGUGGAAUAUCGAAUAACUACUGGAAAUCGUUGGGGCCAUUGCCUUUCAAAACUAAUUUUGAAUUAUUUCUCCUUGGAUCAGCGCGCUCGAACUCUGGCGAUCGUUUUUCUCAAAUUUUGCAGAAUGGCCUACUUGGAUAUGCCAAGCAGAGGCACUUUUCCCCCUCCUGUUCUACCCCUCUUGAUUAUAUUUUAUUUGCAACAUACCAGUCCACCUGUCUUACCCAAUCUACAUCAAAUGUACUUGGACCAUAAAGCGGAUCUCCCACCAGACGCCUAUUAUCAGGUUAUUCACAAUGGACUUGAUUUAUCUUUUGUGACCGAUUCCUCCUUUGUUUCGAAGACCUGGACGCAAACCUCAGACUCGCAAAUUGGUACUGAACUGGCAGACCUCUGGUUAGGUCUCCUCCGAUUCUACAUUUUCGACUUCCAAAAGUCUAAGUGUGCAGUCAACAUUGUCUCUCCCGAUCCUGUGCCUCGUAGGCGUGGAAGCGGUCGCACAUCCUCCCUUUCAGUCAUGGAUCCGUUUGACCCGAACAGAGACCUGUGCUCACUAGUCACUUCGAACGGCUGCGAAUAUAUUCACGCACAGCUACUCGCUGCAUAUGCUUAUUUUGGCGUCCCACGUUUGGACACUGGCAAACAUCUUUUCAUUAGAGUCCGCACUCGUCCACCAUCACCCAAUCGAUAUUUUAACUACAUCGAUCUAAACACCGAUGGAUGCCCAAUUACGUCCUGCAUGGACGAUCAGCCCACGGGUCCUAUUCGCUUGACUCCGGUUAUUGAUGAUGCGGAUCAUUUUGAGAACAAUCUGACCAAAGUCAACAGUCUUUUUGCCGCCAAAUUCUCCCACACAGUGCGUGAGCUUGAGCGGGUCGCCAAACGUGCUGCCAGGGAUGAAGGUGUCAUCGCCACGCCCGAACCGACACGAGAUUUGCCGAUCAUAUCCAUGGUACCCUUCAUCCUGCAGUUUGUGUUGGAAGAAGUUUUGGAGCCGGAUGACGCUGCAGACAUCGUCAAGCGCUGCAUGUCGAAGUCAUUGGGGUGCGAUAAGCUUCCCAUCGAAACCCGCCUUUCCUCGGUUCAAUUCCAAUAUCUGACGGCGAUGUUUGCCAAAGCAUUUUGGUCCAAGAUAUGCACGCUUUUCAUUAAUCGUGGCUCACUGGUCGCGAGACCCAGACCAUUUGCUAAAGUCACAUGUCUCAUUUUUCGGGCCUGUUUACUGCAAUAUUUAAAUUGUCAAAUUGCAACCAGCAGCCCAGCUUUUUCUCCUGUCAAGGCAUGUGGGUCCGAUCUUUUGCACACAACAAACGAUUCAAUAAGUUCACAACCUGCGGAUUACGAGGUCGCUGGAGAUGGUCAUUCAGACAUGGCAGAGUUCACCGAUACACCUGGAGGCGAUGUGCCUUAUGCAAACGAUGCGCAGGACAUCUGCCUUGACUGCGACUUUUGCAGUUCUUUUUCGCUAGAGGCACACGAUACAUUAAGUGAACCGUAUCACUCACUUGACCAUGAGCAUUGUGAGUUUGCCGAGCGUACACUUGACCUGGGAGAUGAGGAUGAUAUAUGCCUUGAUUCUUCCAAUCAACCUCAAACCAUCGCCAUGCAUGACACUCCACUGAGUGGUCCCACCGCAACGGACGAUGUGACUAUCGUUGCGCCACAGGCAGACAUUGAUGGGAAAAUUUUUGAGGCUGCCGGACCACACACAUCGGUAACCAAGGUACCAAAUGAGGGCGCUGGUAUUUCGAACAGGACGCAUUCCCCGGGCACCUGUAAUCACACAGACUCCACCGCGAUAGUUAAACCUAAGACCAAAAAGCGCAAGAAACAAGCCCAACGUGGUUCCCCUUCCAAGAAAGAAGCGGCGUCAGUCAAAAAGCGCUUAACCGAUACGGAAUCAAAAACCAUGACUUGGGAAACCGCUAUCAUCUCCCGCGAUUCGUUUGGCAAGCCUAUAGAUUAUGACCGAGCAGGAUAUUAUCAUUCAGCCGCUGUAAAUAAGUUGAAAAAGGAAGAUCUGUGGUUUCCUUUCAUUCCUUCGUGCCAUUCCAAUGGCCAAGAUGUUGCCUCCACUUACAUUUUAACUCCACUGGAAAGCUCCGAACAAUCCACAAUGCUGGCGCAUCACUCUCCUCCUCAGCCACAAUGCAGAGCUUGUGGGCAACUUGGACAUGGGCAGGCAAACUGUGCUACUGCUGCCGACAAGUCUGUUUCCUUUGCUGUGUGGAAACGAUUAGUGAGCGAUCUGCCAGCGCCUGCGUCCGAGGCCCAACAAGCUGCACUAUCGGAAACACUUCUCGAACUUUCUCGCUUUCAUGAUUGCGCACAUCAAGAAGAGAAGAAACACUUCAUUGUGGGCGUUCUUCGGUCGAUCUUCUCCAAAAAGUUUCCGGCCGUCCGGUUGCAGCUAUUCGGGUCUUGCGCGAAUGGAUUUGAAUUACCUUCCAGUGAUCUGGAUCUUUGCGUCUUUUUUCCGCGUGAUUCUCCUCACUUUCAUCAAUUGAUGAACGAUGAGAGCGUACCCCAGCUCAUUCGCGAAUUCCGAUCUGAGCUCUACCGAUCUAGCCGACUGUUACAAAUCGUACAUGUGCGAGCCAUUCUUCAUGCCAAGGUUCCUAUCCUUAAGGUGCGAUUCGAAAACGGAUCCGAGGUUGAUAUCAGCUUCUCUAACUAUCUGGCCCUUGUGAACACCCGGAUGCUGAAGUUGUACACAGUCAUUGAUUCUCGUCUGCGUGUUCUGGGGAUCGCUUUGAAGAUUAUCGGCAAACUGUGUCACAUUGGCAACGCGUCCGUCGGUGGUGUCUCAUCCUACGCUUUGGUUAUCAUGCUUAUUCACUAUCUACAGCAAAAGGAUCAACUGCCUGUAUUGCAACAGCUAUACGAAGGUGCGAUAAAGCCUGUUCAUCUGGUCAACGGAUGGGACGCCUGGUUCCAGGAUGAUAUCUCUCUGAUACGACGUCUGUGGACACCACCUGAGCGUCGAAUGUCUUUGGGAGAGCUGUGGCUUGGCUUCUUCCGCUACUUCCUCUUUGAGUUCGACCGUGAUGUCAACGUAGUUUGCAUUAGACAAAAGAAGAUGUUACCUCGAUUCUUAAAAAUGUGGGACUCGCUUUUUGCCGUCGAAGACCCUUUCAAUUUGGAUCACAAUCUCACAGGCAGCCUGCGUAGAGAUUCCCUUCUAUGUAUUCUCGACGUAUUCUAUGCUGUUCUGGUCCACCAUACAACAACGUUGCCUGACAACAUGCCUCUUGGCGAAUGGCGAUACAAAUUGUUCUCCCCAUCUUGUUUGGCCGCAAAGCAGCGGCGCAGUCCUCCGCCCAGGUCCAAGUGUCAGCGAUGCCACGAAUUCGGUCAUCGUGCUACGGACUGCCCUACAAAGGACCGAAAGAACUCCGGGAUAAUUGCAGCGUCCGCUGAUUCAUAUGUUGAUACUCUUGUGGGUCAUUUCCUCACCAACAAUUCUAAGCCGCCUGACGCAUUGAAUACUCAACCAUCUGAUGUGAAUAAAAACACAGAUAACGUUUGGUUUCGAGGAAAAGGAAUACCGCAGUCCGAAACCCAUCAGCCACGUCCGCCAUCUGUGACCCAUGUGAGAUUUUCCAAUCCUCCCGGGUCACUAUACACCCCAAACGUUGUUCCCCGAGCUCGCUACUCAGCAUUCUCAAAUUAUGCACCCAGACCUAGGGCGAAUAUCAUGCACCCCCCUCAUCCUCAGCUAUUGCCAAAUCGACUAUGCCAACCAAUAAUGCAAUCGCCCCGUGUCCCGGCUUCACUGACGGUGAACUAUCCUCCCGGGAGCCAAUCAGUAAAUACAAUCUCACUUGUACAAUUAAGCAACCCGCAAUCCACUCGAACCGACCAAGUUAAUGAUCGACGCUCCGUUGUGCUCUCUCCCAGAGUAGUCGUUUGGCCUGAAGUACGGACGCAGCAGCAGUCACCGGCUGUUCGGACACCGGGACCACUUCCAACUAACGGCAAGGAACACUGCGUGAACGGUUGGUGCAACGAACAACCCUCCUCCGCUUCGAAUUCCACGUGUGAGCGAACUACGACGCCUCAUCGUAGAAGAAACCGACGAAGAAAAGCAGUCUGUAAAUCCACACUUCCAGAUGAUCCGAAUGGAUUACCCAUUGCUGAAUCGAGUCAUCAGCAACCCAAUGGCCAAUCAGCUUCCAGACUUCUGAAUCUCUCAGAACACGGAAACGCCUGCCAAGACACACGAAAGACAAACACGGUGAACCAACUGGUUUUGUCCAAUUCGACAGAUUCCUCAACCGUACAGAAAACACAUAUUAAAGGCUGUUUUACACGAUCAAAAGCCUAUCCGAAGACAUCCAACCCGCCCGAUGUGGAUCUAAGCACACGUUUUCGAAAUAUGUCCACGCAUCCUGAUGGGUGAUUCUCCACAUCGGAAUCAUUUGCCGGAUGCUCACUGUCAGCUCUUUGAAACGCCUGGUGCCCCAUCCGUUUUAGUCCUAACGAGCAAUAUACCGUUGCUGUUGCACUCCUUUCUGUGGAUAUUUCUAUGGGUCACCAGUGUGUUGCACAAACGUUUGCUAUGAUUUUCGGAAUUGAAUUUGUUGGCAUGUAUCUGAUUAGCGCUCUUCCGUUCCUUUGCUGGGGUCUAUAAUAUUGAGCCGUUUUUUGCUUUCUUCUAAUU